AUGACAACAGCAUCGAAUUUAGCUGCAAGCAACAAUUCAAAGUUAGAGACUUAUGUCAAAUGUGGUAUCUGCUUGGAUUUUUAUGAUGAUCCUCGUUUGCUUCCAUGUUCGCACACGUUCUGUUACAAAUGUAUCGAGAAACUAUGUGGAGACGGCAUGGGACAAUGUCCAAUGAGAGAUAAUUCACUUAUAUUUAAACAUACAAUCCACCAAUUGCCGAUAAAUCGUGUAGCAAAGGAUCUGGUCGAAUCUAUUCAAAAAUCUUUCACAUCACAAUCGAAAUGCGAGCAAUGCAAACAAAGUUCCUCUGAAUUUCACUGUGAAACUUGUUCCAAGCACUAUUGUACAAUAUGUUUGAGACGCGAGCAUGAUUUAAAUGAAUUCAAAUCUCAUGCCAUUGAUUUCAUCGUGAAUGCAAACCCCAAUCAUUGCUGCGCAGAACAUACCGAAGAAAAACUCAAAUAUUGGUGUCAAAUUUGCGAAAAAGUGGUUUGCAGUGACUGUUUACUAUUUCAACAUCAACAUCACUCAUUCGUCCAGCUAAUUCAGUUAAAAGACAAAAUUCAAACGAAUCUUCAAUCAUCUAUUCAACAGUUAACUUCUAUGAAAAAUAGGAUCGAGCAACUGAGUACGAAUGCAUCAAAAGAUCUACAGAGACACUAUCAAACACAUGUGGAAGCAAAAAGUUACAUUGAACGAACAUUUGAUGAUUUACAAGCACAACUAGAACAACGAAAAAGUCAAUUAAUUAAUCAACUUACUUUGAAAGAUACUGAGCAGCAACAACUGAUCAAAGAGAACAAAGAUCAUCUUGGACAAUUUCUCAAAACUCUGUACAUGAGAGAAUUAUUCAUCAAACAAUUGCUCAAAUGUGAAGACAUUAAUCAUUUAGUUGAGAUGAAUACUGAUAGUAUUAACUAUAGUCAACUAAUUGAAGGACAAUACGAAGAAUUCCUUCAAGGACACACUUUCGAUCUUCAGGAUUUUCUCGUUGGAAACGCUUUAAAUGACUUACAAACGCAAAUUAAAAGUUUUGGAGAGAUUACAACGAACACAUUUGUAAAUGAUGGGAAUCGUAUUCGUCAAUUGACAAAUCUAUCUCAACUAUCAGGCCUAGAAAAGCCACUACAACUUAAUGGAACGUAUGCGUAUGGAUAUCGAUUUGAUCUGAAAGCUGCAUUUAAGCUCAACACAUUGCGGAUCAAAGCAAAACUGCAUAACUGUAAAUUAACAAUCUUCAUCAUUGAUCAUCACGAUAUUCUUCGUGAACAGAAAGAUUUCAGUCCACCUCCUUAUUAUAGUGGUUCGAUCCGAAUGAAUUGGAUUAACAUUCCAAUGCAUUGCCAAAUUGAACAUAAUUAUGGUUUAUUUUUAUGGGUGAGAUCAAAUGGAAAUCAGAUUCCUUUCAUCGCUUACAAAGAUUCUAAUCAUAAUUUGCGUCGAAUUAAUGAACAAAUAUCUGUAAGAAGUAAACGUGCUCAAAUUGCGGAUCCAGUAGAAAGUCUGAAACUAAGUUCGAAGAUGAAUGUUCUUUAUGACGGUCUGUGCAGUACCGAGAAUGAUAAAGAAGUCUCAAUACCAGCAUUAGAAAUUAUUUUAGAUAUAUAA